AUGCAAGAGGCCGUUCCUGCUCCAGAGCCCGCUGGGCCCGUUCAGCAGCAACUGGGGCUGGCCCAGCCGCUGCUCAGCCUGGCAGAUGCGCGCCCCCGGGCCGUGUGGAGGAAGAGGUCGCUCGAGGAGGCGGAGGAGUGCGAGUUUGAUGGUGACAGGAGCAGCCGCCUGUGCCUGGCGUCCACGACCCGCGCCGGCGGCAGCCAGCCCGCAUCUAUCGACUUCUACAAUGCCUCUGAGCGCAGCGUGAGAGUGAACUGGGUCGACUUUGACGGAGCAGAGGUGCCCUACACCGUGCUGGAGCCGGGGCAGCGCGCGCAGUACAGCAGCUGGUCCGACCACAUCUGGGUUGUACGGGAGCUGGGCGCCGCCCGCCGCAUGUGCAUCGACGGCGCUCAGGCGGUGGUGGCGCAUGCCCCGUCGGGCCACCUGGCCACCAUCGCAGACCCGCCCAUGCUGCCCUGGAACGAGCACACCCACGCCGCCUUUCCUCGGCAGCUCCGCAGCGAGGUGCAGGCCCUGGUGCUGUGCUGGCAGCGGCUGGGCGCGGCCGCCGGCAGCGGCAGCCAAGCUGGUUGCCCUGCGGCGGCCAGCUUUGCCUCCCCGGCUGACCUUGGCAGCCUCUCUUUUGACCUGAUCCUCGAGAUCAUCGGCCAGCACAUGGCAGCGGCGGGCGUGUGGCAGGAGGCCUGCACCGCCAGCCACCCUGACAUCCGCCCCCUCCAGCUGCGCAGCCAGGAGAGCUUUGCCGCGCUGCUGGCGCGCAGCACGCAGCUGCACGGUGGCAGGCUGCCGCCACGCAGCAGGCUGACCGCCGAGCAGCUGGAGCGUGCCGUGCAGCUGGCGCCGCCGCUGGCACUGCAGCAGGUGGCGGCGGCAGCUCCCGACAGCCCCAGGCUGCCCUCACUGCUCGCCGGCCUGUUUGGCGAUCUGCUGGGCGCCCUGGGGCUGCAGUGA